CUUAUACAGCAGUGCAGCUGAGCUGACAGCCACGCUUGCCACUGAUACUUUUUGUUAAAAGUCUAUUACAGAAAAAACACUGCUGCUUCAGCCAUGUGGCUUCCUUUACUGUUACUGCUGAUUGCUCUGAUCCUGGUGUACAGAUGGUACAGACAAAGUCAGAUACUAGAGAAUCUCUCAGAUAAAUAUGUGCUGAUCACAGGAUGUGACUCUGGCUUCGGGAACUUAGCAGCAAAACAGCUGGAUCGCCAUGGUCUGAGGGUGCUAGCAGCUUGUCUGACUGAGAAAGGUGCUGAGGAACUGAAGAAGGAGACAUCCAGCAGACUGCAGACUGUGAUCCUCGAUGUUACUGACAGUCAGAGUGUAAAGUCUGCUGCAGAUUGGGUCUCUAGUAUUGUUGGAAAUGCAGGACUCUGGGGCUUAGUAAAUAAUGCUGCAUUUGGCCAUGCAUUUGCACCAAAUGAAUGGCAAAGAAAAGAGGAUUUUGCUAAAGUGCUGAAUGUGAACCUGCUUGGUUUGGUGGAUGUGACGCUGAAUCUGCUGCCACUCAUCAGAAAAGCCUGUGGGCGCAUUGUUAAUGUUUCUAGUCUUGCAGGAAGACUGUCAAACAUUGGUGGAGGAUAUGCUCUUUCUAAGUAUGGAGUGGAGGCUUUCUCAGACAGCUUGAGAAGAGAGUUGCGGGACUUUGGGGUUAAAGUGUCCAUCAUAGAGCCAGGGACUUUCAAUACUCCAUUGGUUGUCUAUGAGCCUCAUUUUAAGAAUUUGGAGAGGUUGUGGAACAAUCUCCCUGCUGAGAAGAAGAAAAGCUAUGGAGAGCAGUAUUACCAGCAAUAUGCCAAGGGCCUACAACAAGUACUUGGAUCUGGAAGUCCUAAAUUACACAUGGUUACGGACUGCAUGGAACACGCCCUGACUGCUGUUUAUCCAUGGACACGAUACUCCCCUGGAUGGGACUGCAAGCUAUACUUUAUUCCCCUCUCAUACUUACCUACUGUAGUAUCUGAUUAUGUGCUCUCUGCCAAUGGACCCAAAGUAGCUUACAAGGCAGAAUAACCUUACACAAUAAGGGGACGAUUUAUUAAUGUCUGGCAGACAUGGUACGCUGUAGCACAUCAUGUCCGCCAGACAUCGCUGAAUGACGAUAGCAUACGCUGUUGGCAUUUAACAUUGCACAAGCAGUUCUGGUGAAUUGCUUGUGCAAUGCAGCCCCCUGAAGAUUCGCAGCCAAUCGGCCAUUAGCAGGGGGGUGUCAAUCAACCUGACCGUAUGCGAUUGGGUGGAUUGAUGUCCGCAGCCUCCGAGGCGACGGACGACUUAAGGAACAGCAGUCUUAAGAACGCUGCUUCUUAACUCCUGUUUACAGCUAGCCUUUAGGCUCUUGCGGAAACAGGGGUAUUUGGCCCCAUUUGGGGCAUGAUAAAUCGGCCCCUAUGACACUACAUAUUAAAAAUAUUUUUUUCUCAACAUUUUUAAAAUGAUCAAAAUAUCAACCUAUUUCACUAAAAAACAAACAAACAAAAAACUUUGAUAUAAUUAAUUAAUGAUUAAGGGCUAGAUUACAAGUGGAGCACUAAUUUAUUGUGCGCCUGUAAAAGGGAAAAUUUGGCUGAAAUGUAAUAUGAAUUUAAAUGAGAUUUAACAAUUCAAAUUUGUACUGUAAAUUCCAAUAUUUCAUUAAUUUGUUUCAUGUAAUUUUUAAAUUACAGUUUCCCUAUUGUAAUGAAUGCAUCUCCUUCAAAUACAUAAAUUAAGAAAACAUCCCUUUGCACCACACUGUUCUGAAGGUAAAAACUGCCUUCAGAAAAUGUUAACAGGAGCCUCCUGGCGAGAUUUCUUACAGAAAUUUUAGAUAAUCCCUUGUUUAACUUUAUUAAAAUGAAGACUUUACUUAAAUUAGGGCUAGAUUACAAGUUGUGUACUAUUGUUAGCACAAGUUGCGAUAAUAAUAUCGUGACCAACAUAAAUACAUAUAAAUAAACUGUUACAAUCAUAUAUACACUAUCUGAUAAAAAAAUAUGCAUAUAAAUAUUCAUGAAAUUUAUUUUAUAUGGUAUUUUAUUUUUUAUUUUAUAUGGUUUGUGACAAGGUGUUUGAAAUG